CCUGUUAGCCAGAUCAACAUCGAUAUCGGGGGAUAGUCCACCACGUCUCCCUAAAAAAUUGCCAACUAUGCUCUCCGGAAUCCAGAAUGUGCGGCAAACGGCCGCCCAAAUCCUCAAUUUCGGUCUGGUGCUCAGCACCGCCUUCAUGAUGUGGAAGGGUCUCUCCGUCCUCACCAACUCCCCCAGCCCGAUCGUUGUCGUUCUCAGUGGCUCGAUGGAGCCGGCCUUCCAGCGCGGCGACCUCCUUUUCCUGCGGAACAACCAGCCCAUGCUGAACAUCGGCGAGAUUGUGGUCUAUCAGGUCAAAGAUAAGGAGAUUCCGAUCGUACAUCGGGUGGUGCGACAAUAUGGCGACGGGUCCAAUUCGAAACUCCUUACGAAAGGCGACAACAACAUUGCGGACGAUACGGAACUCUACGCGCGUGGGCAGGAUUAUCUCGACCGGGAUGAUGUUGUGGGCAGUGUGUUUGGGUAUAUUCCGUUUGUGGGGUACGUGACCAUUCUUUUGUCGGAGCAUCCGUGGUUGAAGACGGUUAUGUUGGGGAUCAUGGGCGUGUUGGUGUUGUUGCAGCGGGAGUAGACGGACGAAAAUGUUCUCAAAAUGUAUGUGGUUAAGUGUUGAGUUCCUCGCGUUUAAUGCAUUUCUUCUGGUGUUCGGGG